AAAACCAAGCAAAACGCAAGGCAGUAUUUUUUUGACAGCUUGUUUUGUUUGGUCGUGGUUUGGUCCAUACGAGCCAAAUUUUUCUGUUUUUUUCAUAAAAAACCCCAAAAUAAAUGAAUUAACUUGUAUCAGUGUAAUUAUAAAAUAAAUAAUCAUGGACAAAAAUACAUUAUGUAGUGGUUGCUUAUGCGCUGGCCGUAGAAUGGUGGCAAUCGAAGAAUUUUGGGAGAGGCAAACUUUUAUACAAAUUGUUAACGAAAUUCCGAUGCCGUUACCUGCAGAAGACUUCAGGCUGUGUUGGGAGUGCACCGCCAUGCUCAGUCGGUUUACACGGUUCAAGAACCAAAUCAAGCAGUGCUAUAAACUGCUUAACGAUUAUGUUGCACUGAAUCUAAGUACAACAGAAUUACAGAUAUCUCCUAGACUAGCCGUACAGAAAGAGAUAGAAAUCUCAAUCAACACGAAUACAGCAUUAGAAUACACCGAAGAAAACGUCAAAAUCGAAGAUGAAGAUGAAGAAGUAGAUGAAACUCCAAUAAAAGAAGAAGACAACGUAUCUACAUAUUCUGAUAUUAUUGAAGACGAUAUACCAUUAGUAGAAAACGAUAUACCAUUAGUAGAAAACGAUAUACCAUUAGUAGAAAACGAUACACCAUCAAAGGUAAAGACCAAGAAGAAAAAGGUAGGAAAAGAAAAGAAGAAACGUAGGAAAAAAGACGAAAAUGUGGAAUUGAUAAAAGAAAUUAAAUUGAGCGCAGAAGAAUUGGCAGAAGAGAGACGAAUGUUGGCAAGUAGAGAGGAAUAUGUGAACGCUAUGUUUCGCUGUGAGAGAUGCAUUAUUUCCUUCCCUAACGCAGAUGAUUUAAAUGACCAUAUCAGCAUAAAACAUGAUAAAAACAAAUCAAACUUCAUAUGCAACAUAUGCGAGUGCACGUUCACCAGAGAAGUGUCGUCCAACUACCACUCCAACAAGCAUACACGUCGGUACGAGUGCUUGGUUUGUGGAGAGAGACUGAGGAGCGUGGCGGCGGCUACCAGACAUUAUCAGAGCACACACUGUCAUAGUUCAGAACCAGAGCCAAAUACGGAUGUGGAAAACAAAAAUAUUGAAGCUAACGAGACUCUGGAAUCGAACGAAAGUGUAAAGCAAGAAUCCUUUCCUUGUGACUUCUGUGACAAGACGUUUAAAUGGAAGACUUCACUUAGGAAGCACGUGGAGACACACAGGAUCGAAACUGGGCAGAAGAGGCGGCCUUACUGCGAGCCUUGCAGACUAUCAUUUACCACCACUUCCAACCUUCAGAAGCACGUUAAAGCAAGUUUGAAGCAUCAAGUACAACUGAAACUUUGGAAACUAAAAGAAUCUCUCCCAACCGACUCUACGCCCCCAGAGAAGCAGCAAGCCCAUAUAGAGAAAAUCAAGGGCGCCGUGAACAGUUCGCGGCCGAGGUUUUCCUGCGCGCAGUGCGGGAAGACCUUCCAAUGGCGGGGGAACCUCUCGCGACAUAUGCACAGCCACGCUACCAGAGCCAAGGGUGAGCUGGUUUGCGAGCCGUGCAAUCGUACCUUCUCUUCCAUAGCGACGUACAACCAGCACAUGAAGAUUAGCAAGAAACACGUCUCCGAAAACGACUUCAAGUACAUGUGCAGCGAUUGCGGCAAGCGAUUCGCCAACAAGACCCGGUUAAAAGACCACGUGAACUGGGAACACCUUAAAAACUUCGUGCACACCUGUGAUGUCUGCCAGAAGGUUUUCAAGAGCCACACGACACUGUACCUCCACAAGCGAGUGCACAACAUAGACAGUACUAGCCACCUUUGCGACCACUGUGGGAAGCAUUUUGCGAACCUCGCCAGGCUCCGCUGUCACAUCGUCGCAUUACACACUUCCACAGCGCCCUACAAGUGUUCAGUGUGCUGUGCAAAGUUCAGCUGGCACUCGUGUCUCUCGCGGCACGCACGCCGGGUGCAUCGGAGGCCACCACGUGACACAACUGUGGCCCCCACGUGACGCAUUAGUGGCCCCCGUGUGACCCCAACAGUGGCCCCCAUGUGACACAACUGUGGCCCCCACGUGACGCACCCGUGACAUACUAGUGACCCCCACGUGACGCACCACUGACGACACCCGAGUGACUAAUCAGUGGCCCCCACGUGACCCCAUUGGCCCUCAUGUGGCACACCGCUGGCCCCCAUAAGACGCUAGAUAAUGGCCCUCGUGACAAUCAGUAGGUAGGGGCCCCCAUGUGAAUUAGUAACCAAAGGCUUCAACAUGACAGUAACUAGUGGCCCCCCAUGUGACCUACAGUUUCCCCCACGUGUCAUACAGCAACUAGUAGUCCCUCUAUCUAUCUAAUCUGUUCCAAGUCUCAGCCACAUCGUCGCACUACACAGUUCCACAGCGCCCUACAAGUGUUCAGUGUGCUGUGCAAAGUUCAGCUGGCACUCGUGUCUCUCGCGGCACGCACGCCGGGUGCAUCGGGGGCCCCCACGGGACACAACUGUGGCCCCCACGUGACGCAUUGGUGGCCCCCGUGACCAAUCAGUGGCCCUCACAUGACACCAAUAGCCCCCACGUAACACCAAUAGCCCCCUCCCCUCGUGACACUAAUAGCCCCUACGCUUAGAUUAAUAAAACCUAGAUGGAUAGUCUUCAUACAAACGCUUCGUCAAGAGUGAGGCAAAAAUCUUAUGU